AUGGGCGCCUCCCUCUGCGCGCCGGACGACGAAGUCGUGGCCGUGCAGUCGACUGUGCAUGAAUGCCGUUUUCCCUUGUGGGCCGUGAAGGUCAGCGACUUCCUGCUGCUGCAGGGCCCGCCAGAGCCACACCACGUCCUGCAGGAGAAGGGGCUGCUCCACCAAUGGCGCCCCGGCAUGUUCGUGAUCUUCGUCUCCCACCAGUGGCUCAGCUCGACCCACCCGGAUCCGCAGGGGCAGCAGGUGGAGGCCCUGCAGAGGUUGCUCGUCAAAAUGAUUGACGGAUCUGUGAAGGUGCACGAGGACAUCAUUUCCCGCACGGAAGAGCGAACUAUGUCCUCCACAACCCGGCGCCACAUUGCCGAGGGCUUCCUCUUCUUUGAUUGGUUCGCCAUCCCUCAGAUCACGGCGCGCCAGCAAGGCGUCAACGAGGAAGCCACUAAGAGCGAUGCCGCUUUGGCGGUUCAAAGCAUUCCGGCCUAUGUGGAGCUCUGCAACAUGUUUAUCGCCCUCGUCCCAGAGCUGACACACAAGGACUCGGCCAAACCAGUGAACUACGGGACGUGGCUCUCGAGGGGCUGGUGCCGGGCGGAGCUUUGGUGCCGUCUCUUGUCCAACAAGGUCGACACCAGCGUGGUCGUGGCGUACUCGGCCGCUGAGGCCGAGUAUAUGUUCCCCCUCGACUGGCAGUACAACAGCAUCGCCGAGGGGGAGUUCACAGUGGAAGCGGAUCGAGCAGAGGUAGUUCGUCUGGGGGAGAUGGCUGUCGAAAGCAAAAUCCAUCAUCUGCAGAUGCAAGGACCGUUGAACCACUACCGCUUCUAUGCGGCUCUUCGGCCGUCGCUCCUCUGUGAGCCGCGGCGGGAGCGGGGUGUCCAGGAGUUCUUGGAGCUCUUCCACUUCAAGGACUUGGAGGACGCAGCGCGGGACACCAGCGGCAUGAACGCCGUCAUGUGCGCCGUCUUCUCCGGGGACACGGGCAUGCUCCGGCUGCUGGCCGAGAGGCGGGCGGACAUGAACCACACUCUCCAAGGUCUGGGGGAUCUCGGGUAUUACGACACGCAGACGGCCCUGAUGGUUGCAGCGAAGUCGCGGCAGGAAGCGCCGGUGCUGGCGACCCUCCUGGAGCUCCGCGCCCAUGUGAAUGGUACCUCGCGAGCUGGAAUCACCGCCUUGUAUCUGAGCCGAUCGCGCGAGCACGUCAAAGUACUGCUGGAGCAUCGCGCGGACAUGCCCCUGACUGUCUUACGCGGGGCUGCAACUUACGGGGGCCCUGAGACGGUCAAAGCCCUGCUCGAUGCCCGAUGUGACGCCACGCACCUCGAUGACAUCGGCGCCAGCCCCUUGAAUGGCCUGGCCCUCUUCUCACGUAGCAACAGCACGGCCCUGGAGACGGCCCGGCUCUUGCUGGCACACCGCGCCGACGUCAACGCAAGCACGAGGCCCAGCGACACCCUGGCGCUCUGGAGUUGCCGGCUCUCCCGCGUGCAGGUGGCGAUCUUCGGCUACUCCAACUGCCGGAAGAUGGCCCGGCUCAUGGCCUCCCUGCCCGGGAUCUCGCCCCUGGGCUGCGCGGCCAUGGUCGGAAACUCGGAGCUCGUGGAGCUCUUCCUGGAACAUGGCGCUGAGCUGUCGCAGAACGACCGAGGGGACUGGCCCGAAGACCUAGCAAGGAUGAACAAUCACUACAACCUCCUGCCCUGCUGGCCACGUUCGCACCUAGGCAUUCUCCUGCCAAGGUUCCUUCCAAGACGGGACACGGGACUUCCAGCGGGGGUUUCCAAAAUUAGGGGGGUGCCCGAUUAA